AUGAAAACAGUAGGCGACUUGCUACAGCCGUGUGCGCACGUGUAUUCGGCUUUUGAAAUGGCACUGUUUAAAUUAUUAUUAUUUUCACUGCUACUAGUUUUAGUGGCUGGUCAGGAGCAGAGACCCACGGUUCGUUUACAUCAUGGUUUGCUGCAAGGAACAUGGAAGGAGUCAACUAAUGGUAGAAGAUAUGCCAGCUUCCAAGGAAUAAGAUAUGCCCGACCGCCGAUCGGAAAGUAUAGGUUUAGGGAACCCCAACAUCUAAAAGCCUGGGAUGGAACCUAUGAUGCUUCUAGACCUAUGUCCGUUUGCCUCCAGUAUGAUCCCUUCAUGAACAGCGUCACUGGUUCCGAGGACUGUCUGUUCCUCAACGUUCAUACCCCGAACCUCAACCCUGGCUCCCUAUUGCCAGUCCUGGUAUAUAUACAUGGCGGUGCGUUUAUGUAUGGUUCUGGGUCCCUAUAUAAUGCUGAGCAUUUGAUGGACCGCGACAUGGUGAUUGUCACUUUGAACUACCGCUUGGGACCUCUAGGAUUUCUUAGUACGGGAGAUGACGCGGCUCCUGGAAAUGCAGGGCUUAAAGAUCAGGCCUUUGCUCUGAUGUGGGUGAGGAAGAACAUAUUAAUGUUCGGUGGCAACCCUGAUAGUGUUACAUUAAGUGGUGGCUCUGCUGGAGGAGCCAGUGUACACUAUCACUACUUGUCGCCAAUGUCAAAAGGUUUAUUCGACCGAGGCAUUGCCUUCAGUGGUUCAGCGCUAGCCUCUUGGACACACGCAGUUAAACCAGCUCAGAAGGCCAAAACUCUGGCUUCAAUAGUAGGCUGCCCCACAUCCAACUCUCGAAACAUGAUAGACUGUCUUAAGUUCAGGCCAGCUGAAGCUAUUGUUAAUGCACAGAUCGAAAUGUUUGACUGGAGGGUGAACCUAUUCACUAUGUUCACACCUACAGCCGAGCCUCAAGGUACUAAGGAACCUUUUCUUACUCAAUACCCCUACCACGCAACAGAAGCUGGCGCAAUGCACCAACUACCUCUUAUCGCGACCGUCACAAGCGAAGAAGGACUAUAUCCCGCUGCAGCUUACCAAACGGAUCCUAGCAUCUUAAUGGAGCUGGAAUCCAGAUGGGAACAUCUCGCCAGCACCAUAUUUGAAUACAACGAUACCUUACCUUUGGACAAAAGAAGCGAAGUGGCUCAGAAGAUCAAACAAUAUUACAUGGAAGGAAAACCUAUUGGACAGGAGACUUACUCUCAAUUGGUGCAGGCCCUAGGACAUCGUUUGUUUGAUGUGAGUGUCGGCAAAAUGGCUCAGUUCCACGCUCGCUCUAGUCAACCAACCUACAUGUACCGCUUCUCAUACCGCGGCACACACAGCCUGUCUGAACUGAUGGCGCUCAAAGAGGAUAAUUAUGGUGUGAGCCACGCAGACGACGUGCUAUCCGUCUUCAACUUCUUGCCCUUCACCGACUACUCCGCUGAAGACAUCGAGAUGAGAAACACCAUGAUGGAUCUGAUCUACAGUUACGCUAAAACUGGAAUUCCACAAUUGCCAAACGGUCAAGAAUGGACGAAAGUACAACCCGGUUCCAAGGAAUUACACUACCUUGAAAUAGAAAGCCCGAGUAGUAUGAAAAUGAAGUCUUGUUCAGACUUUGGACAUAGAUCAUUUUGGGACAGUCUUGGUUUUAUAGAAGAUCAAAAUUUUAAUGUGAAUUUAAGAGAUGAAUUGUAA